AAGACAAUCCAAUCUAACAAACAUCAUCCCCGUCUCUCCAUCUCUCAACUCGAUCUCUCUCUCUCUCUCUCUCUUCUCAUUCAACAUAUUCUCCUCAUCUCUUCUCCCUCCUGUCCCACACCCCCUCCGCCCUCUCCGCCCCCUCCUCCCCUCUCUCACACCCUCCGAAGCCAUCCUCCGAGGUGCAUACCGCCGUCCGUCCAAGCCUCGCCAGCUCGCCAGACCCUCCCCCAGCUCCCUCAUCACACUUGCCUCGCCUCGUUGGGCAGCCCUCAGGUUUGGGCCUGCUCGCACCUCCUUCAAGCACCUCCUCUGUCUCUUUGCCCCCCAGUUCUAGCACGGAGCAUAGCCAGGACUACAAGACAAGACGCCGUGGACACAAAGCACCAAACACUCUGGCAACCACAUCACACUCUUCCAUACUACGCAACGUCCCCUCCUGCGUCACCUAUUGAACAAUCAUGAACCGAACCGCCAAUUCUCGCCGAGCUGCGACCCGCCGAGUCAACGAUGAGAACGCCGUCCCACGUGCUUCUAACGCCAUUCGGCCAGCCAAGCAAGCAACACGCAGCGGUAUCACCCAGAAGGAGAGCAGCAUCAAGGAAGUCAUUGGCAAGAAUGACAAGCGUGUGCGCAACGCCCUCGGGGCCAUUAGCCACAACGAGGCUCCUGCAGCGGUCCAGAAUGGCAAAGUGUCGCAAGUCCAGCGUCAACCCUUGGCUAGCCGGUCACAGGCCCAAAACGUCUACCCAUCCAACGCAGAAACCCGACCCAUCGCCCCAGUCCCAGCACGCACACGGCCAGGUCGUGCAACAGCGGUUGAAGAGCAGGCGGACUUCAUGGUGGGCAUGGAGGUCGACCAAGGUGUAGUACUGGACGAGGCCUUGGAGACGGAUGAAGACACCGUGCGGGGGAUGAGCGACGACGAGUACGACAUGGAGGAAGAAGACUGGACGCUCUUGUCUCCGAACGAGGCAUCGAUCGCCGAGGCGCAGCUCUUCCGAAUCCGCAGAGACUUCCAGGACGACGUUGACGAGUAUGACACAACCAUGGUUGCAGAGUACGCCGACGAGAUUUUCGCCCACAUGGAGUUGAUGGAGGGGACAGUUAUGCCGAACCCCAACUACAUGGAGUUCCAGACGGAGACUGACUGGACGAUGCGCACGACCCUGAUCGACUGGCUGCUGCAAGUGCACAUGCGCUAUCACAUGCUUCCCGAGACACUGUGGAUCGCCGUCAACAUCAUCGACCGCUUUCUGUCUGUCCGGGUCGUGUCGCUGAGCAAACUACAGCUCGUCGGUGUGACUGCCAUGUUCAUUGCGGCCAAGUACGAGGAGAUUCUCGCUCCCUCGGUGGACGACUUUGUGUUCAUGACUGAGAACGGCUACACCAAGGACGACAUUCUCAAAGGCGAGCGCAUUGUUCUCCAGACCCUCGACUUCAACGUGUCGCAGUACUGCUCGCCAUACUCGUGGGUGCGCCGUAUCUCCAAGGCGGACGACUACGACAUCCAGACCCGCACCUUGUCCAAGUUCCUGAUGGAGGUGACGCUCCUAGACCACCGCUUCCUCCGCUGCAAACCAAGCAUGAUCGCCGCCAUAGGAAUGUACCUCUCCCGCAAGAUGCUCGGCGGGACGUGGGAUGAGGCCUUCAUCUUCUACUCCAACUUUACAGAGCGCCAGCUCGUUCCCGGUGCCGUUCUCCUGUGCGAGCGCCUUGUCGAAGACGGAUUCGACAAGGUCUACGUGUACAAGAAGUACGCGAACAAGAAGUUCUUGCGCGCAUCGACAUUUGCCGUCGAGUGGGCCCACAACCACGCAGAAACGACAUGGGCGUCCCAAGAAUGACCGGCCCCUGUCCUCGCAUCCCCACCCCGCCUCUCACACCACCCCUCUGCCCACGACCAUGUAUAAACACGCACUAGUGCGCGCUAAUCGACGUGUGCGCCGCUUAUCUGUCCCUUGUGGACGCCAUCUCGCCAUAUCCUGUCCACCGCUACUGCGCCCGUGUCCUGCAGAGUGACCUAUUCCCUCCAUUCUUCGCUCUACCCGUCGUGGUACUAUUGUGCUCUUUAGUCCUCAUGUCACAGCAUUCAUAAGCCUGUUGAGAGCGGGUAUGGUUCGGAAAGUAAUUAUGGACACAGUACUCUAGUGAGGCAUCUAUGCGGG